AUUAGGGCUGUAUAAAACAGGAUUUCCUUUGAAUAAUUCAAAGACUUUGUCGUUAAAUGGAAUCAGUUCAUGGGGCAGCUCAGAGGUUAUGUAGCACAUAUUUCCCGCUGCGCUCUGUUGAAGACACGAGGCCGGAGGCGUCCGCGGAUCACUUCAGGCCACGUUUUUACGUCACCUGCCACCAUGUUGGAUCCGGAAGUGGGCAGAGUCUGCAGGAAUCUCGAGCCCAGCUGAACGUUAGCCGUCGGCUUCGCUCGAUCGGUCCACCGCUUUCCGAUUUUCACCUUUAACCUUCAGGUUACAUGCUGCGUGGCUCUCUUGCUGGUCGAAGUCGGCGCCUUUCUUCGGAUUUGAUCGUUUUUCGGCAUCAGCUAUGACUACUCUCACGCAGAGAACAUCGGGCCUCGUCCAGCGGCGGACCGAGGCCAUUCGCAGCGCCGCCGCCGAGAAGGAGAAGGAGUCCGGCGGUGAGGAGGACGAAGCGCGCCGCGGGGAGGAGGAAGAUGAAGACAAAGGGGACUCAAAGGAAACCAGAUUGACGCUAAUGGAGGAAGUGUUGCUCUUGGGCCUCAAGGACCGAGAGGGCUACACGUCUUUCUGGAACGACUGUAUUUCUUCCGGCCUUCGAGGCUGUAUGCUUGUAGAGCUGGCUCUCAGAGGGAGGUUACAGCUGGAGGCGUCCGGUGUGCGAAGGAAAAGCCUGCUGGCAAGAAAGGUGAUCUGCAAGUCAGACGCUCCAACAGGAGACGUGCUGCUCGAUGAGGCCUUGAAACACAUUAAAGAAACUCAGCCUCCAGAGAAUGUCCAGAGCUGGAUAGAGCUACUGAGUGGCGAGACCUGGAAUCCACUCAAGCUGCACUAUCAGCUGCGAAAUGUCAGAGAACGUCUGGCCAAAAACCUGGUGGAGAAAGGUGUCCUCACCACAGAGAAGCAGAACUUCUUGCUUUUUGAUAUGACCACACAUCCGCUUACCAACAGUACCAUUAAACAGCGCCUUGUCAAGAAGGUUCAGGACUCUGUUUUGGAGAAGUGGGUCAACGAUCCCCACCGCAUGGACAAGCGGGUUCUGGCCCUGAUUCUGCUGGCUCACUCGUCCGACGUUCUUGAGAAUGCCUUCGCCCCGCUCCAAGACGAACAGUACGACCUCGCCAUGAAGAGAGUUCACACUCUGCUAGAGCUGGAGCCCGAGAAAGAGAGCGCUAAGCCCAAUGUCAAUGAACUAAUGUGGGCCGUGGUGGCUGCCUUUACUAAAUGAAAGCACCUGAGUGGUUGGACUGAAAGGUGGUCUGUAUUAUUUAAUUGGUUGAAGGACUUAAUGAGACAGACUUCACUCUAAUGAGACAAUCUAUUUUGGUUGGGGAGCUUGUUUAGACAUCUCUUCUGGAUGAUAUUUUGGUGGUAGUCCAUAUUAACACACAGUCUUGAUUGGUGGUGGGCUUCACCAAGCUAACAGUGUGAUGGGGCUAAGUCUCUAAAAUGGAAAACGACUGGCUGCUUUCACACAAGUGAGGUACAUCAUCUGCCACUGCAAAGGAUAUACUUAUACAAACAUCAACACUACAUACAGGUGGGUUUCUAUUCGUUAGAUGACAUCGGAGAGCGCAGUAGCUGGCAACAGUAGUCAUGGUGAAUAUGAAGAUAUUGACUGGGGUCGAGUUUCUCUUCAGCGCAGAGGAAUCGUCAUCUCUUCAUCACUUCAAGAUCUCCAUACCCUGCCACAUGCUAAUGCGAGGACAAAGGAUGAGCAACGCUCUUUCUGCUCUCGCAGGUCUCCCGCUUCCACCUGUUCGUUUCCACUUGAAUUAAGAGCGCAUCUCUGGGUUACCAUUAUUACAGACUACCUGACUGUCAGAUUCAUUUUGUCCUUGCUUUAAUUUUUCUUUCCUCCUUUCCCCUCAAUGCCUCUUGAGGGGGAAAGAGGGGCUAAACACAAGUUCAGUUCCUUCAUCAGUAAGUGUGAGAUCAUUCGGCCCUUAUAGAGAUUUAAAAUGUGCAAUCUAACAAAGCUCUCAUUAGUUUGCUGGUUUUUCAAGGGUCCAUUCUGUGUCUAGAGAACGCAGCUAGUCUUCCGUUUCUGUUUAUGUUGCUGAUCGAUGCUUGGAGUAGCCUGCCAUUAAUUAACUAUUUUGCACAGCUGCUAGGCCUGCAGGUAGGUUAGUAUUUAUAGGUAUCUUCUUGGGUUGUGUAACCCACUUGUGACGAAGGGAUUUGAUGAUUAUAAACUUUAGAAACUAUGGUAAAGGAGAAAAAAACAACAACAAAAAAUCUCAAUCCAGCUCUAUAAAUAUAAAUUAUAUAAAAACAAAAAAUAAUUCCUUAGGUGAUUAAAAAAAUGCUCCUGCUACUUAUAUUUUUAAAUGUGAAUCAAGAUGUAAAGACGCAGGGGGUAGAAAAGAGUAGUGAUCGAAUUUGGAUAUUUAAAAAAAAAACCCUCCAUGACACUUACUGUGAUCAUUAGUGUUUACCUAUACAUAUUAAGGAAUUGUUAGUCAAAGUGGUUAGCUAUUUUAGUUACUACAAAAACAUAUUUUCUCACUUAAAACUAGUGGUAUGUAGACAUAGAAGUACUAUUUAGGUUUAACAAUAUUUUCAUUUCCCUGAAAAUUGACAAAGAUGAAUUGAAUUUCCUUUUGUCAUCGUAGUCAGUAUAAAAAACCAAAAACAAAACAGAGUCAGAGGCAAGUCUUGUGUAGGAGUUUCCACACAUGACUAAUCUACAGGCAUAACCUGUUUGCAUUUCCUCUGAAGAAAUCGUCCUGACAUGAUCAUGUGAUUUAUACUCCAGUUGUUACUUUUAGAGGUAAGUGAGAAAAUGUGUUGUGCAGUUAUGGAAAGUCAAGACUUUCCAUGUAUCUCAGCUUAAGUGUCAUUUCAUAAUUACAUGCUCUUUUUGUUCUGUUUAAUCAGCCCCUGUGGGCAUGUUGUAUGGUUUGAUACAUGGAAAUGAUGGCCGAGGUUACAUGGGGUCUUGAUGAAUCCCUGUUUAUGACUGAAACAUCUUAACAGCGUCUAAUGGAGAGGAAAUGAACUCCGAACACGCUUUGGCGCGGGUCUGGGAAAAACUUGUUUCAUUGUGAAAUUAUGAUUAUAAAAACACCAUUCUGGUCUGAUCAAUGUGGUCUGUGUAUGAAGUUACAUCGCCUGUUUUAUUUUGCCUUUUUUCUACCUGCACAGUACCAGUGGGUAUGAAGAACUGUUGAGACACGUUUACAGCAACAAGACCAUGCUUGUUAUCGGUGGAGGGCUGGGAUGUUUGUGGAUGUAGCUACGGAGAAAAUGGCUUCUAUGUAAUUAUUAAUCAUUUUAUGUGUACGGUCUAAUUGAAUUCAGUGAAAGGGAUCUUCUCUCCUAUCCUCUAUAAUUCUGUAUGCUUUUUGUAUUACCACAAAAAAAUAAACUAAGGAUCCUUUAAGUGCCUGAAUUUAUAAU